AAUUGUUGCGCCAAUUUCAAUGGGGAUAGUUUGCUAAUGGAGCUGGUUAGGAUCAUACAAGAAACGGGACUUUUCUGUCGUAAUACAUGUUGGAAGAAUCAGUCGCUGACUUUCAAAUACUGGAAGUACCUUACACUGAUCUUCAGUCUUAUCGUGGCCCUCAAUUCCAUUUAAAUUUGCAGUGUCCUACGUGUGAGUCGUUCAGAGUGGCAUUUGUCUGCUGUAAUUGUGUUAAAAAUGACUCAAUCUUUUACCUUAAGUCUGGAAAAGUCAGUUUCCGGCAAAAUUCUGGUCGAAUUGCAACAGUUCGGAAGUCUAUUGAUGAUUUACAGAAAAAGUAUGUUGAUUAAUCGAUAUUCUCAAAUACUUAUGGAUCAGGAUUAAAGCAUAUGAACCCAUACUGUUUAAAACUAACUCGUAUACUCUUGUAAGAUUAUGUUUGGAAUAGUUUGUAUUGUAAUAGAGUAGAGCAGAAGAGUUAAGCGCGCACAUUUCAUCUUUUGAAAAUACUUUAAAGUAUUUUACUGAAUCAAAUUUAGAAAAACGGAGACGAGUACAUCGUAUCAGACAAGCAAUGACACGAUGUUAUACAGCAUCUCAACAGCUUUCAAAGCAACAAGCCAGUUUAGUUCGACAUUUUAUCACUGUUGCACAAAGAAAAAAGCUUUUGGUAGUCGACCUUAAUAUUGUCAAUCAACAGAUCAGACAAAUGCAUGAUAAAUACUUUGAAGAACUGCUUGGAGUAUAUUUCGUCACUGAGCUAUCCGCUGAUGGCUUAUCUCCAGACAGAUUUGUCAACUCCCCACUACAUAUUGAUAAAGAAAACAUUUUCACAGGUCCAGAACCUACACCAUCCAGUCAUACAGCUUUAACGUAUUGUUCUGUAGCAAUAAGGGUUGCAACUAUUUUAUUAGAUGUUUGGUUACCAGUCUGUAUUCGGCGUAGUCUGCAUUUAGCUGGAUCAUUUCUAUCUGCAUUACCGCAAAGAGAUGAUAUGGGUCGUGUAUAUUUUGCAGUAAUCCAUGCUGUUCAUCUUUUAUGCCAAAAUCGAGGGAUUGAUGUAAAGAGUGGAUUAGACCAACUUGGAAUUAAUGUUAUCCCUGGACAAUAUACAUAUUAUAACCCACUAUUUGGACUAUAUUGUCUUGGAAAUCUGGUCAAUCAUAAUAAUAAAUCAACUAGGUACUUCGAUGAGUGCUACAAUAUAAAUUUGAAUGGGCUUUUCGGAACAAUUCCAUCAUUGACACUAGUGAAUCAUCCUACAAUUCCAUUCAGUUCAACAUGUUUUCAUGGUUUAGUGGAGAAAGGUGAGGAGAUAGAUGAAAUGUUUGGCUUAUCCAGUAGAAAUGAUGAUAUAACUAUGAAAAGUGAACAAGCAGAGAAUAUCACCACCACAAAAAUUGCCGCUAACCAAGAGUGUUGUUCUAUUCCAUCAUCUGAUAAACCUUGUGAUGAGUGUGAUUCACCUGUCAGUUUGGAAUGUUGGGAGUUGGUAUCAUUCGCGUCACAAGUACAGUCUGUAACACAUGAUGCUACAAUAGCAUCAGACUUAUCGAGACAACCUGGUCCAUUGUCAACGGUUUGGCGGUUAGCCAAAGGGAUUAUCGGAACUUCAGAACCUGAUGGUCAUAGUGAAUAACACAAAACAUCAUAUUCCCGCCCGCCGCCCCCCUCCUUCACUUUUCACCACAGUCUUUCAUGAAACUCGAUUGGCGAGAUUAUUUAGUCUUUCAACGUAUUUACUUGUAAAAUAAAAUUCAUACAUAUGCUUU